UCUGCAACAGCGGUCUACUGGACUCGACUGAGUACUGGCUGCGCAAUGAACGGAUGCUGUGUAGGAUUGGGUUUGUAGAAGACGAGGCUGAAAGCAACUGUGCCACAAUUUGCUUUGUAAACCUAGAUGGAGGAAAAGAAGAUGACACUAACAAACUCAAACAGCAGAAGCUGAUUGACAUAUCUCCUGAUCUCCCAACACUUAUCAACUCUCUCAAUGUGCAGCAACCUAAAGCAAAUGAAAUCUUCCUUUUGAGUGGACUGGCUUCCCCUGGAGAGAGUCAAAAAGAAAGCAGUUCAUCACAGUGUUCUAGGUUAUCAGAUGUAUGUUUGGUCCAGUGUGCCAGAGGACAAAGAAGCGAUGCCAGCUGUAUCAUCUUUGAAAUAAACAAAUUUCUCAUUGGACUGGAGUUUGUUCAAGAGAGGCAGCUACGGCUAGAAGGUAACAGCAAUGUCAGACCUGAAGAUGAGACUAACUGCUCAGUGUCCUCAAUUGAAGAGGAUUUUCUUACAGCAUCCGAGCAGCUGGAAGAUGAAAACCAGAGCGAUGAUUUUCUAACUGGUUCAGAAAAAGUCAUAAAUCCUGCAGGUGAAGACAAGCUUCUCCCUGGCAUGUUCACAUCAGAUAAAUUUGUACCUUGUCUUGAAGAAACACAGAUGGUUCCCAGAGAAGACCUAACCCUGAAAGGCAUGGAAAUGGACCUUGAACAACCCCAUUGUGAAAGUAGUAAAUAUCUAACAGAGUACUGUAUAGCAAAACAUAGUGAAGCCACAAAAUUAUCAGUUAAAGACUCUGUCUGUGACAAAUCAAUUGAAAACUGUUCAGCAAAAGUAGUCAAAGAUCCAUUUAUUCCUCAGUAUGAUACCAUUUUCCCUCAUGUAAAUAAAAGUAUAUCAGAUGCAGAUGGCAAGAUAGCAUUGCAAUGCCAACACCCAGGAACAGGUCAGUAUGUCAUACCUUGGAUACAACCUGUUUUUCAAGACAAAUGUUCCAAAAUAUCACACUCUGAGCCACAGUUUGCCACAAAAUCCAAUGGAAGUGAUUCUCCUGGCAAUUGUACUGUCCUUCCAGUGACCAAAGAAGAUAUCUCAAUGCCUUCUCGCUUAUGGCAUGAACUUCCUAAAAUUGUUAUUGUCCAGACUCCAGACAGUGGGAGUCACUUACCAGAAUGUCAAGUGAUAACACCUCUCAGCUCACCUUCUUCUGAUGUAAGCAAUCCUAUGAGGACUUGUAAUAAUCCUUGUGACGGCAGUGCUGGGCUUAGCAAUUCUUCCAUCUGUGGUCAGCAGAGCUCAGAUGAGGCUGCCUUGGCCUGCACAGCCAAUGCAUUUGGAACUAUUUCAAAUCACCAUGCAGUGGAAUGCCUAAACAUUUAUGCAAGUGCUACACAGUUAAAGGAUCUGGACAAAGAUCAUCAUAGUGGCACAGUAACAGAAAUAAACUCUGAAUAUAUGGAAACUGAUUAUUCUAUUCCAGUGGCAUUACGUGGUAUGAGUCAAGUAGCAGGUGCUGUGGCAGCAGGUGGGUGUGUGACACAUGACACUACCUACCACACUGCUUCAACAGGGCUCCUUGUAGCAGCCGAGGCCUCAGCAGCCAUUGGUCUUCAUUGCAGUGUAGCAACUGGCAGCAGUCUGGAACAAUUCAGUGACAGCAUUGCCGAGAUAUUACUCAAAGAAGCAUCCAGAAUUUUGUUAAAACCAGAUGAUUACAAAACUGUUGGAGACUUUAUUCAGGCAAUGAAUAGCAAAAUUGCAGAAACUGUGAAGAAACCAAAGAGCCGCAAGUUGAAGGAAUGGACAAAGGAUGAAUUUGUGCAGAACUUAUCAAAUGUAAUUCUAAAACACUCUGUCGAAGCAGCAAACAAGCAAAUGGAGUUGGCAUGCGAACAUAUAAAAGACAAGUCUAACUUAAAUGCUCAAGGAUUGUUCACUAAAGCCACAAAUGACUUACUUUUUGAUGUGUUGUAUUCCACAUGCAAGAGGGUUAAGGAUGUUGCUGGGCAGAAUAACAUGUCAACAAUGUUUUCUGAAGAAAGUGAAAACUGGAGAGUAUUUGAAAAGAAUGAAAAGCUCUCUAAGAUAAAUUUUCAAAAUAAGUUAGACUGUUCCUGUAUUGGACAAACCACGAUUCUUAGUAACAAUGAUAACCUUCUUGUAAAUGAUGAGCCUCCAGAACAAUUGCUUGAAAGUGUAAAUGGUACUACUGUCUGUCCAGUGUUAUUUUGCCACAAUAAUAAAAAUGUUAGCACUCAAGAUGGACUAGAGAAAAAGAGUUCUUCUCGAAGGAAUGUUUCAACUUCCAGUAAAGACCCUUGCAAGCAAAAAAAUCAGUUAAGCAGGCAAAGUAAUAAAAGAGCCUAUCCUAGUUCAGAAUGUGACAAGAAUAUAGUAGCAUCUGAAUACAAACAUACUGUUCAAGAUCAGAAAGCUAAUGAAAAAAGAAGAAGCUCAGAAAAUAAGGCAAAGCAUAAAUGUAGCAUUCAGAUGAAUAAUGAAAUCAAUAUGACCCUCUUAAAUACUAACCUACAUCCUUCACAGCAUCUGUUUCAGAUGACAUAUCCCACAUCUAACUGCUCUGUAGCAGAGUUUGCUGAUGAGCUGGCUACAACUGUGGUUUCUAUGGCAACUGAAAUGGCUGCCAUUUGUCUUGAAAAUUCAAAUGGGAAACAACCUUGGUUUUGUGCAUGGAAACGUGGAACAGAAUAUUUAGCACCCCAGGCUAUUUCUUGCAGAACAAAAAAAAGGAAGAAAGAUGUACAGCCUAAUCAGUCAGUUAUUAGAAAGCACAGGGCACCCAGACUUAGUGAGAUCAAAAGGAAAACUGAAAAACACCCAGAAUUAAAAGAAAGACUUAUGAACAGGGUGGUGGAUGAAUCAAUAAAUUUUGACGAUGCUUCAGAUGCCAUUACUUUAUUUCAUAAUGAAGUGUCUGCAAAAAUUCUAAACUUAACAGAGUUCCCUGCCACUGAUAAUUCCAGACAGGGUCAGGCACACCCUCGGAACAGACUACACUGUGAAAGGUGGAACAGAGGUAAACCAUCUAGCUAUGAAAGUAUACCAGAAGAGGAAGCAGAUUCUGCAAGGUUGCUGAACACUUUGGGCCCAAUGAGCAGUCUGAGUCAACCAGUUAGCCGGUGUAGUUCUAUGUCCAAACAGUCCAGCUGUGAGAGCAUUACAGAUGAGUUUUCAAGAUUCAUGGUCAACCAGAUGGAAAGUGAAGGAAGAGAGUUUGACCUUUUGCUGGAUUAUUAUGCAGGAAAAAAUGCUAAUACUAUUUUAAAGUCAGCCAUACAGCAGGUAACUAAGAAAAAUGGGCAUCUUAAUAUACGUUCAAGCAGCCCUUCAAAACAGUCCAGUACUGAAAGUAUUACAGAGGAAUUCUACAGGUAUAUGCUGAGAGAGUUGGACAGAGAAAAUAAGGAAAAUAUAUCUGUAAAAAAUACUAAAGAAUGGAACAAUAACUUACUAACACCUUCUGUAAGAACUCCCUUUUGUUUCAGACAGUCAUCUGUGCCAGACAGGUCAUCAACUUCAAGACUCACUGUAAAUGCUCCUGUAAAAGCAAAGUCUUUUGAUGGUUUUGCACAAAGCACACAUAAUGACAUGUUAAGUCUGCAGCAAAUUAAUUCAGUUUCUUCAUCAAAUCUUUGCAAAUCUGAUUCUUGUUUAUACCAAAGGUGCAAGACAGACCAGAUUACAGACAUGUUAAUACAUGAAACUUGGUCAUCUUCUAUUGAGGCCUUAAUGCGUAAAAACAAAAUUAUUACAGACGACAGUGAAAUUACAGACUAUGAUCCCAUCCCUGGUAGUUCACAGCCACAAGUUGAACAGUUUGCAAAUAAGUUAGCUGCUGACAUUGUGGAAAGUGGAAAAUCUUUUAUUGGAACACAUCAAGAUUCAGUAGAAUACACAAAUAAAGACUGCCUCAAUGAGGCAAGACAGUGUUCAAAUCUUACAGAUGUCUUCUUAAAACAGACUUCGGCAAAUAAAACAAAUUUAACUGAGGAGAGAGACUGUUUUAAAGCUGAGUCAGUAAUGGUUCACAAGCCAAAUCUGCAUCACUGUCGUCGGGAAGUGCCUUUGAUUCAUAUAGAAGGAGAUCAAAGGGAAGACUUCAGUGAAGAUAUAGAAAAGCACAUUUCAGACAGUGAAUCCUUGGAGAAAGUAAAAGAGAGCCUCAGUAAAGAACUGCCUGCAGAACUUGACUUCAAAAAGAGCAAACCAAGCUCUUUAAUACAUUGCAGACAUAUUUCCAAGAAAUUAGUCACUGAGUUAGCUGAAGAUUCCAGAACAACAGAAGAAUCGGUCAAUAACCUGAGCUGCAGCAGUGAGGAGAGCACAGGAAGUUGGUCUCAGCUGAACAACGAUGAAGAAAAUCCUGAUGAUACCAGCAGCUACCUACAGCUCAGUGAGCGAUCAUUGAGCAAUGGGAACAGCAGUACAAGUAGCAGCCUUGGGACAGCAGACCUAGAAGGAGAUCACGAGAAUAUAGCGCACUGUAUGAUAACAAGCCAAGUCAGUGCACUGAUUGAGAAAAAUGAAUUUUUGAAAGAGCACCAGGAAAAUCUGGAUG